UUAAAAGUUUCAAUUUAAAAAGCAGAUGUUGAGCUUUAUUGAAACUUGCCUUUCGAGAUAGGCAACUUUAUAUAUACAUAUGACUCUCAACAACUUCGUAGUAAAUUUUUGGUUAACUUGAAUUUCUUUUAAAUUACGAUGGUACCACGGCCGCACAAUCAUGGUGCAGGACAUUCCUGCGAAGGGGAUCACGACCAUCAUGACACUCCUGAAAUGGGCCUGCAGUACAGUCUGUACUCUAAAAUCGACAAAGAUAACCUGGAGUGUUUGAAUGAAAGCACUGAGGGAUCUGGUAAACUGGUUUUUAAACCUUGGGAAGAAAGAUUGAAUUUUGGCACAUAUGUUGAAUCUGAUGCUGAUGAAGAACUUCUUUUCAAUAUUCCUUUCACUGGCAAUAUCAAGUUAAAAGGAAUUGUUUUAAUAGGCAGUGAAGAUGAUUCACAUCCAGCAAAAAUGCGUCUGUUUAAGAAUAGACCUCAUAUGACCUUUGAUGAUGUCACUGUUCCGGCAGAUCAGGAAUUUGAAAUGCAGCCAGACAUAAAUGGAAGUUUAGAGUAUUCAACAAAAGUAGUAACUUUCAACAAUGUGCACCACCUAUCAAUUCAUAUACCUUCAAAUUUUGGUUCUGAUCAAACAAGAAUAUAUUACAUUGGUUUGAGAGGAGAGUUCUUUGAAUCCCAUCAUCAUGGUGUGACGAUAUGCACUUACGAAGCGAAGCCAAACAUGUCCGAUCAUAAAAAUCCUCUGUCAGAUACUGUUUCACAUGGAAUUCAGUAAAAAUUGAUUUGAUAGCAGAAA